AUGGUGUGGAACGCGUCCCCUAUGAGCCAACCCUUUGACCGCAUCUGCCAUUACUUCGGUGUCAAAGUGGCGCUCUACUUCUUGUAUUUGGGGCACUACACCAAACGGCUCUUACUUCCGACAUUGGUAGGCAUCGUCACGGGCAUCGUGAGGUAUUCCGUGCCACAAAACGACUACAACACCGUGUUCGCCUACAUCUCGCUACCUUUUGGAGCUUUUAUGACUAUUGGGAUGACCAUUUAUCUCGAGAAUUGGAAGCGACUUAACUCGCGAGAGACGCUUCGUUGGGGCACUGUACACUUUUCGGAAACGGUGAAUCUCCGCCCGCAAUUUUACGGCGAGCGUAUUCCCUCGCCCAUAAAUGGCAAGUCAACACGGUACUUUUCCCCUCGUGAAAAGCUUAAACGAGUAGCUUAUAGCUGGGUUGUCAUCUCGUUCCUUAUCCUGAUCGUGUUUGUUAUCGUGUCCUCGAUUUUCGUGCUGACAUACGACCUUACGAAGAAAGACGACUCGGACAAGCUUGUGUUGGAUGACUACAAGUACGGCUCAAUUGUGUCGUCCCUUGCAAACGUUGUUCAGAUCACCAUCAUGACCAAGAUCUACAAUUACGUAUCAAUUAUGCUUGUAAACCAGGAAAACCAUCGCACGGAUAUGGAGUACGAAAACAGUCUCAUCGUCAAGACUGUGAUUUUCCAAUUCGUUUACAACUACGCGGGUCUAUUCUAUGUGGCGUUCCUGAAGGAAGGAUUUGAAGGCUGCGAUGUAAGUUGCAUGCAUGAACUCGAGUACAUGCUCGCUAUCGUGUUCUGCUCUCGGCUGUUUGUGGGCAACAUCACCGAGGUUGCCAUCCCGCGUUUGUUUGUGUACUUAAGCAAGUACCAGCUGCUGGGCCACUUGGAUGAGUACAAGCAGUCCGAUGCCGAACGCAAGCUCUUCAUGGCGCAAUACGAUUGGCAUGGCACCUUCGACGACUAUACUGAGAUGGCGCUUCAAUUCGGCUUCACAACUAUGUUCGUUGUGGCCUUCCCGCUUGCGCCUUUGCUCUCGUAUGUGAACAACUACUUUGAGAUCCGCUUGGACGCCUACCGUCUCCUUUUUGAGUCGCGGCGUCCUCGACCGCGUAACGUGCGUAACAUGGGAUACUGGUACCUGGUGCUGCAAGCUUUUGCAGCCAUCUCCGUAUGCACCAACGGUGCCGUUGUCAUCUUUACAGGUGAUUUCUUCAAUUACCUGGAGACUUCCACCCGGGUGUGGAUGUUCUCGAUAUUUAUCGGUGGCAUGUUCUUGUUCAAGUACUCUCUCGAGGUCUGCAUUGAUGACGUGCCGGAAGAUGUGACGGUGCAGAAAUACCGUCAGGAGUUCCUCAUCAGCAAAUGUCUAUACCACGUGCCCGAUGACGAUGUCAAUUGUCCGAUUGGUAACGACAACGAUGACCAAGAGAACAUGAUCAUCAUUGACGACGAAGACUCUUCGUGA